CAAGAUAUGCCUGAUUUUCAAAACAAAAUAUAGCUCUACUAUGAAUACAAUUUUCCUCAUGGUCUUCACGUUGGCCCAUGAAGUCCUCACACUGACUUACAACACUGGUGAUGAGACUGACAGUUGUAAACGUCUCUGUCACUGUUGGCAUGACAACAGCAGCUAUGGCGGAGACAUGUACAUAGCGGACUGUUCAGACCGGGGCAUAUCUUCACUAACUGAACAACUCGCCCUUCCAACAAACACCAAUGUGAUCCUUCUGGGACGUAAUAACAUCAGUAAAUUGGGAAAUGACGACUUCAGAAAAUAUUCUAAUCUGACCUAUUUAGAAUUGAGCUCUAACACUAUAUCGAUUGUUGAAGAGAGAUCGUUUGAACAACUGUACCAACUGGUUUUCCUUAGCUUAGAAAAAAAUCAUAUCACUCUACGCCUUUUGAGCCAAAAUCCAAAAUUAUUUCAAGACCUUGCCAACUUGAAGGUUUUGAAAUUGAACGGUAAUUUCAUUAAAAUUGGCAGUGACGAUGUAAGUUCUGUUGAAAUGAAAACCAUCAACACCUACCCUGAUGUAUUUCAUUGGCUACUUUCACUGGAUACCCUAUUCAUUGACGGAAUAACCAACGCAACCUUUGGUUCAGGAUUCUCCAAGCUUACCAACUUGACCAAACUUAUAAUGUCUGGUGAUAACGGACAAUGUGCCAUAGGAAACCUUCAUAAUGCAUCCUUUGAACGCGUACCAUACUUAACAUACCUGGAUAUAUCAAAAUGUUCUUUAACUGACAUCGAGGCUGGCACGUUUGCACAUACACCAAACCUUCAAACCCUGAACAUUUCCUCUAACACCCGCCUUGGAUUCGCGAAAUUAGGCAAGGCCUUUUACGGCCUACAGUCAUCAAACAUUAGCGUUCUGGCGGCAAACAGAAUCGUACGAAUGCAUCCAAAAUGUGUCGUGAUCAGACAAGAGGACGUGCAAUAUCUGAAGAGCACUUCCCUUACUCACCUGUAUAUUGAUGACAACACUAUCAUGAACAUCGAUCGGGGUGUGCUGCGUCUCUUGCCAAGAACUUUACGAUUCAUCUCUGCGCAACGACAUAGAUUUGAUUUUGGGGCGUACGUCUAUGAAGUGAAAUAUCUUACAGGGUUAAAGUAUUUGCGCCUCAGUGGAGUGAACGUCCCUAUAGACGAGCCAAUCCGAAAUAUGUUGGAGAUGCAGUUGUCCGAUGAAGUCGUUGCUGGUGCCGUUGACGACUCUGAUGAUAACAUUAUCCAUUCAAUGCCUUGGGAUUAUGAAAUACAACCGUAUAUAUAUCCUUAUACUACAAAGCCUGUUUUAGUGGUAACAAAUUUAACACUUCCUCCAAAUCUGGAAAAGGUCCACUCGAACUUUACUCAACUGACAAGCAAGCUGGCAUCCAUAAGGAUUCAAGCUGAGAGUUUACAACACGUGGAUCUGUCCAGCAAUCUUCUUCAGUUUCGUGAGGGUACUUUGCUAGGGUAUGACAAUGUAACGUUUCUAGAUUUAUCCAACAACGUUGCUAGGUGGCUGUCUCGAGACCUAUUUCAACAGUGUGCAUCCUUAGAAGUACUCAAUAUGUCACACAACUUCUUUAAAUGGGACAUAUACAAGGAUACAGAUGGACAGAUUUUCAGAAAUUUGUUCCGCUUGAAACAGCUGCACAUUGCUUCUAACGGUCUCAUGUUUGUUCGAGGGAGGAUAUUUCGUGAUCUGACAUCCCUUGAGAUUCUUAACUUAUCCAGAAAUGACAUUUUCGACUUUUCCCCUGAGCUGAAAAAUCUGAAAAAGUUGAAACAAAUAGAUUUGUCAAAUAAUUCCAUAAAGUGGCUUAUGCCAGAUGUUCGAGAACAACUACGUACAUUGAAAUCGGUUUCCCCGAACCUGACUCUGGACCUGAGUUGGAACCCAUUACUUUGUUCGUGUAGGAAUGUGGAGACUUUGACCUGGCUGCUUGAGUCAGGAGUGACCCCUGAUAAUAUGUAUGGGUAUUUUUGUUUACGGUUCAAUGAAGUAAGGGUCAUUACAAACAAAGACGACUUUGAAGAUCUGAUCCGCGAUCUGGAGAACAAAUGCUUUUCUGCUGUAAGUUUAAUCUGUGGCACAUCUGUAUUAAUCGUUUUCUUCUUCAUAGUCGUGAUUGUUGGGCUGCUUCGAAGGUACAGGUGGAAGUUGCGCUAUCUGUACCACUCUGCCAGAAUCCAGUACAAAGGUAACCAAAAUACUCCAGAUGACGCGCACUUCAUGCACGACGCAUUUGUCUCAUACGCUGACGAAGACCGAGGGGUUGUCGUCAAUGACAUGCUUUACUACAUGGAAAUUCAUGACAGAAUAAACCUAAACAUCCACCACCGAGACUUCAUGCCAGGAGAACCCAUAGCUGCAAACAUAAUUUGCGCCAUCAAGAACAGCAGGAAGACUCUGGUAGUUCUGUCGCAGAACUUCCUGAACAGUUAUUGGUGCAUGUACGAACUGCGCAUGGCCCAGAUGGAGAGCAUCAGCAGCGGGAGGGACAUCCUGAUCAUCAUCAUGUACGAAAAUAUUCCAACCAAGGACAUCCCGCCAGAAAUUCUCAAACUGUUGCAUACAGAUUCUUACAUAGCUUACCCCACUGAUGAGGAAGACAGGGAAGAGUUCUGGAGAUGCUUGUGUCAGGCUGUCAGACCACAGUGAACAGGACAUUUUAUAUUUCGAAUAUAGCGAGGUCGUACAUGUGACAUUUGUGUGGUAAAGUCAUGUAUGUUUUUAUUAUUAUCCUCUCGUAGUUGGGCGUACAUGUAGCUGAAAUUAACUUUUGAAAGGCAGGUUAUAUGCUUAUUGUUAUCCUGUCUAUGUUUGACUGGUGGACAGACAAAAGCCCUGAAGGACCGAAGCCCUAUAGACAAAAGCCCCUCGGACAAAAGCCCCAUAGCAAAAAUAACAAAUGAGACAAAAGCCCCAA